UGCAGUAAGAAGCCAGGUAGGUGUCUCAGUGGUCAUACAGAGGCCACCUCCCUAUAAAUUACACCGUUCUCUGACCCGCUCUACAUCUCACAGUUCAGGCUAAUCAUUGACAGGGCUUUUACAAUCACAAGCUUUUAGUGAAGCUUUGAUAAGUCACUCCAGCAGCUUGUGGCAAAUGAAGACAGUCUGCACGGCGUGGACUCCAGCAAAAGAAUGGAAUUUUUUCUGCAUCAGCACAAGAAAUCUGAUUUUUAACACUGCCACUAUAAACUGGCAUAAUGCUUGGCCAACGACUGGAGAAGAUUGUUGCUUUUUGGACAUUAUUUUUCAUAAGGAUAGUUACUGGGUUUGCUGGAGAGGGAAGAUCUGUGUGGAAAAAGGACUCCCACUUCAGCCCCGUGAGUGAAACACAGAUGUUUUUAUAUGACACGUUCCCCAAAGAGUUUCUCUGGGGUGUAGGGACAGGAGCUUUCCAGGUGGAAGGCAGCUGGAGGAAGGACGGGAAAGGCUCCUCCAUCUGGGACCACUUCACCCACUCGGAGUUCAGGGAUGCUGACAGCACAGGCACCUCCAGUGACAGUUACAUCUUGUUGGACAAAGAUUUGUCUGCUCUGGAUUUUUUGGGAGUUACUUUUUAUCAGUUUUCAAUUUCAUGGUCAAGGCUUUUCCCCACUGGAGUGGUGGCAGCUCCCAAUGAAAAAGGACUUCAGUAUUAUAACACCCUUAUUGACUCUUUACUACACAGAAAUAUUGACCCUGUGAUUACACUGUACCACUGGGACCUGCCCUUGAUGCUACAAGAAAAAUACGGGGGAUGGAAAAAUGAAUCCAUGAUUGAUAUCUUCAAUGACUAUGCCACGUUUUGCUUCCAGACCUUUGGGGACCGUGUUAAGUAUUGGAUUACAAUCCACAAUCCGUAUUUAAUUGCUUGGCAUGGAUAUGGCACAGGUAUUCAUGCUCCAGGAGAGAGAGGGAAAAUAAGAACUGUCUACUCAGUAGGACACAAUUUGAUUAAGGCUCAUGCAAAGGUUUGGCAUACCUACAAAGAACACUUUGAACCCUUUCAGAAGGGGAUGAUAUCCAUAGUAUUGGGAUCCCACUGGAUUGAACCUAACAGAUUGGAAGAUGAGUCAGACAUUUCCAAAUGUCAGAAGUCUAUGGAGAGAGUACUCGGAUGGUUUGCUAAACCUAUCCACGGGGAUGGGGAUUAUCCAGAAGAACUAAAAAAUGAAUUCUUGUUUUUGCCACACUUUACCGAAGAUGAAAAAAAAUACAUAAAAGGAACAGCUGACUUCUUUGCGUUUUCCUUUGGUCCUAGUAACUUUAAACCUCCAAACACUCUACCAAAAAUGGGACAAAAUUUGUCACUCAAUUUGAGGGAAGUACUGAACUGGAUUAAACUGGAAUACAACAGUCCUCGAAUCUUGAUUGCAGAGAAUGGCUGGUUCACUGACAGCCAUGUGAAAACAGAUGACACCACAGCCAUCUACAUGAUGAAAAACUUCAUUAAUAAGGUUUUACAAGCUAUUAAAUACGACAACAUAGAUGUGUUUGGUUAUACAGCCUGGUCCCUCCUUGAUGGCUUCGAAUGGCAACAUGCUUACAACAUCAGGCGUGGAUUAUUUUAUGUAGAUUUCAAAAGUAAAAAAAAGGAAAGGAUCCCCAAGUCAUCUGCUCUUUAUUAUAAACAAAUCAUACGAGAAAAUGGCUUCUUCCCAAAGGAUGCUACCCCAAACUUGCAAGCUCAGUUCUCCUGUGACUUCUCCUGGGGUAUCACCGAGUCUGUUCUUAAGGCAGAAUCAGCAGCUUCCUCACCACAGUUCUGCGAUUCCAGCUUGUAUCUCUGGAAUGUCACAGGAGAUGGGCUUCUGCACAAAGUUGAAGGAGUAAAGCUAAAAACCCGACCAGCACAGUGCACAGAUUUUGUCAGCAUUAAAAAGCAACUGGAUCUCCUGGAAAAAAUGAAAGUCACCCAUUACAGAUUUGCACUUGACUGGUCACUAAUUUUACCCAAUGGAGAUUUGUCAGUGGUCAACAGGCAAGUUCUUAGGUAUUACAGAUGUGUGAUUAGUGAAGUCCUGAAACUCAACGUUCAAUCCAUGGUCACCUUGUAUUAUCCAACUCACACCUACCUGGGCCUGCCAGGUCCUUUGCUGCAGACAGGAGGAUGGUUGAACCAAUCCACUGCCUAUGCUUUUCAAGACUACGCAGCUUUAUGUUUUAGGGAACUUGGUGAUUUAGUUAAACUUUGGAUUACAAUAAAUGAGCCCAACCAGCUAAGCAGUGUCUACAACAGGAGCAGCAAUGACACCUAUCGGGCAGCACACAAUUUAUUAUUAGCACAUGCCAUGGCCUGGAGAAUAUACGACGAGCAGUUCAGGUCCUCUCAGUAUGGCAAAGUGUCCCUGUCCCUGCAUUCGGACUGGGCUGAGCCUGCCAACCCCUUCUUUGAAUCUCAUUCAAGAGCUGCCAACAGGUUUCUUCAGUUUGAAAUAGGUUGGUUUGCCAAUCCCAUAUUUAAGACAGGGGACUAUCCAGCUAUUAUGAGGGAAUACAUCACAUUUAAAAACAGAAAAGGCCUCUCACAUACUUUGUUGCCAUCUUUCACAAGUGAGGAAAAGCAGCUUGUCAAAGGUGCAGCUGACUUUUAUGCACUGAAUCAUUUCACCACCAGAUUUGUGAUUCACGAACCUCAGAAUGGAAGCCAGUAUGACUUUGAUCGUGACAUUCAAUUUCUGCAGGAUAUCACCUGCCUGAGCUCCCCUUCUCGUUUGACAGUGGUGCCUUGGGGAAUGCGCAAAGUUCUCAGGUGGAUCAAAAACACUUACGGUGACAUUGACAUUUACAUCACAGCAAAUGGAAUAGAUGACCCAUCCUUAGACAAUGAUGAGCUUCGAAAUUAUUACUUGGGCAAAUACGUACAAGAGGUUUUGAAAGCAUACUACAUUGACAAAGUCAAGAUUAAAGGCUACUAUGCAUUUAAGCUGACUGAAGAAAAAUCUAAGCCCAGAUUUGGAUUCUUCACUUCAGAUUCAAAAGGAAAGCCUUCAAUAAAAUUCUACAAUAGCCUGAUAAGCAACAAUGGCUUUCCUGCUGACUUCUCAGUCUGUGCCCCCCCUAGCCACGAAAAGCAAUGCAGCCUCUGCUUGUUUAUUUCUCAGAAGAAGCCGUUAAUAUUCUUUGCCUGCUGCCUUUUCUCUACCCUCAUUUUGCUUUUAGCUUUAAUUUUUUUUCACAAAAGAAAAAGAAGGAAACGUUUUAAGGCAAAAAGCAUCAAGUGCAGCUGUGUCUCAUUUUAAAAGGGGGCAAAAGCCCACUUUCAGUGAGAUCCUUCACUGCAUUCAACAGUGGACAAUGCCACUCAGACAACUGUGGAAAAGCACUGAGUCACUCCAGUCACACACACCAAGCAUUUCAUUCAAAAAACAAAGUAAUCACAUUCACAGGAAGAAGAGCCAUGGCACUUGUUUCUGGUGAAAUUACUUUUAUCCACCUGCUGUACAUAGAAGACAACUUCAUCUAUUUAAAAAAAUUGAUUCUCCUGUGCCUUGGAAUAACCUUUAAAACAGCUUUACUUGCAAAGAGCAACUUUUGAGAACUGAUAUGCAUUUUUGUAUUAAUGUGUCUUGUGAUGUGUAUUCAUGUUAUGAGUGUUGUUGAGCAUGAAAACUGCAGCUGCUAGGGAUUAGAAAGUGUUAUUAAACCCCACAAACCUUCAACUAAGUACAACACCAGGAUUGAAACGUGCUUCUGAAGAUAUCCUUGAAAGAAAAAACCAAAUGAACUCCUUUAUUGACCAACAGACAUCCCUUACAGAUUAGGUGUAGUGGUUAUAAGCAAAUAUAACUGGAGACAAAACCAUUACAGUCACUAUUUUUCAUCUCCAAGAUGGGGCAGCCAUAACAAUUUUUACUAGCAGAGAACAUCUGAAUAAACGGUAACUAUUAAUCCACUCAGUAGUGAUGAAUAUAAACUGCACUUGUCAUUAUACAAGUGGAUCUUUGGGAAUCUUCUGGAAUUUCUUAACAUGUGUGGGAUACUUUACCAACCUGUUGCCAAGUAUGUUUCUUCAUUAUCCCAGUAUUUAUUUUUUCCAAACUGAAUGGAGCAAGUGACAACGUGGAUUUUACUACUGCAUAGAAACAGUACAACCUCCCAGUUAGAUGCUGCUACCUAGCAGGGUUAGUAGUGAAGAAACAAAGCUGUAUCCCCAGAUAACACAAAUCACUGCUUGUGAAACUCAGCAAUACACUCUGAACGAGCUUUGAGGUCAAGUCCUUUGUUUUCUUGAUUGAGCAAUAAAAAUAAAGCAUCAUGCUUCCAG